AUGUAUACUUAUGAUUCGAAAUACAUUUGUAUGGAUCUAUUUAGCCAGCUUUUUCGAAGUGGCACUCCAAACAGUCAUGCUAACCCAUCAAGUAGUAGGAGGAGCUCCAUUAGCUGUGACUCUACAGAAGAUAUGUAUACAGAUAUGUCACUGGAAGAUGACGUCAUGGACCUCAAUCAGAAGGUCCAAAUGCUGCAGCACCAAGUUACUGCCUUAACAGAGAACCAGUCCUCCAACGACGAUCGUUACUCGAAAGUUAAACAGGAAAACACCGCUCUUUUAAACAGGAUCCAUUCUUUAGAAGAACUCAUAAGGGAACUAGAAAUUAGAUCAGAAGAAAGGAUAAAACAAGAAGAAAGGCAUUUAAAAGAAAGUUUGACUAAACAGGAGAGAGAUAAAGCCAUGGAAAUAGAACACUACACCAACAGGUUGUAUAGUCUACAACAGGAACACUUUGAGAUUAAGGAAGAAGUUUUUAGGUUCAAGCAACAAGUGGAAAAGUUAAAACAGGAAAAAGCAAAUCUACAAGAGCAGCUAGCAGACACUUCCUCAGAACUGUGUAGCCUACAGGAAGAACAACACAAACUACAGGAGUUAUCCCGAAGAGAACGAGAGGAGUUUACAAAUGAGAGAAAAGCUAAUGCACAGUUGCUUAAAGACCUCAAUCAAGAGUUGGAUGAUCUAAGAAGAUACCACCAGGAAACUGAAAACAUUAGACGAUCUCGUAGUCCUAGUUUGCUAGAUCUUCCAGCUCGGUAUCAAGAGCUUGAGUGUCAAGUGCAUAAUUUACGUGAAGAAAAUAGAUGUUUAAGAGAAGCCAAUGAAGAGCUUCAAGCUCAGCUGCUAAAUAAUAGUGUUCUUGAAGGUCGGAACCUUCUAACCCGAGAAACAACAUCACUGGCAGAGGAGUUUGAAAAUCUUUCAAAAGAUCAGGUCAUGGAAGCGUUAAAGGAACAGCAAGAAGUAAAUGCAAAGUUGCGAAAUUACAUUGAUGGAAUAUUGUUAAAUAUUGUAGAAAAUUAUCCUCAGCUUCUAGAAGUAAAGUCCUCUAGAACAGGCAAAUAAAAUUUCAAGAGAUUAAGCUUUCCUACAAGCUCUGGACUUCUGCCUGGCUACUAGCAAUAAUAUGUGAGUGAUGUUUACCAUUUGACUAGUACAAGCAAAAAGAAAAAGAGACUUAGGAUAUGUAAGAGCUAUAUCAGUUGAGAGAUCUGACAUAAAAUAGUAAAAUGCUUCUAGUUGAGACUUCUUCAACAGUAUAUAUGUAGUUUAGGUCCUAUAAACUAUCUGACCUGCUUCAUCAACUGUGGACAUUUCAAGGUCUGAAAUUGCUACAGAAGCCUCAUGAAUCAGAAAGAAAAUCAUUUAGUAGUUCUGAUUGCCUUUUUUGAAUUUUGGAAAACUUUUCUUACAUAACGUUUUGAAAUAAUGUCAGAAACUGUAUAAUAGAGAGGGCUAAACAGUUUGACAUAAGGAUUCUCCAUGUUAACCUUGUUAUCAAAGUAAACAGUUCAAGCUGUUUUCUUUCCUUUAAAAGUUUGAUGUAUAUUUGACAGAAUUUGCCCAUAGAAUGACAAAAAGAAAACAAGUCUUAUCAUGAAAUGCUUUCUUUUAGUGUUUUUAAAUUAUGCAUAUGCUUUUUCAUACCAGACUUUUGAAACUGUAAUCAUAAAACAUAACAUUUUUGUAGUAGGUUCAAGAUAGUAUUGUAAAUAUUAGCCAAGUUCAUCAAGAGUAAGAGUUAAUAAAGUUAUCCUAUAUGUAUAGUGUUUUCAUCUAGUAAUUUUUAUUUUUACUUAUUCUUGAGUAAAUAUAAAAUCAUAGAAACUAUUUUGAAACUUAUAUUGCCAAACAAAUUCAUUCCUGUUUACAAGUCUACAUUGACUGAAUUCAAAAAGUUAGCAUUUUAUUCUACCCAGCUUUAAUCCUGUAAUUAUUAUAGAUUACCUCAUCAGUCAAGUAAAGACAAAUCUAGUAAUUAGAGGUUUACUGAGAAAGUAAUAGUUUAAGACAGUAGGUCUGUUAUGCAUUGAUCUCUUAUUGUAAAGUUUCUAUUUUAUGUUAUACUAACAAUGGCCAUGAAGUAGAAAUAUUCAAAACUUGUGUUAAAUGCCAUUAAUAGUGACAUAUUGAAUACUUCCUCUUCUGUCAUAUAGCGUAGAUAUCAAAAGGUUGGGAAUUUUUUCUUAUUAAAUUUAUAAGUUAUUUAACUCUCAUUAUAUAAUAUAGAAAUGUAUUCUAACCUAUGAAAGUUAAUGGUGUAUUUCAUUUUGAAAAUUCUACCUUUGAUAUAAAAAAAAGGUGAAGAACUUUAGAAGGCAACCUACUAUAAUUGGUUUAUGAUGCUUCCUGUAUAUUAGUUAAUUUUUCAAAUUAACAUACAGAUAUGAAACCUGCAAAAAAAACCCACGUAUUUAACUAUUUAUGCAUUUUUUCCUUAUUGAGUUAUACAUAUCAAACUGUAAUCCAUCCAUUUUUUUUUGUUUUCUAAAAAAUAAAACUUUUCACCCAUUUUCUCUUGUUAUCUAAAUUAAAGUAAAAAGUUUGUAACAAUUCAAUAUUAUGUGUAAAAUUUAGUUUUGCCAUUAUUUGUGAGAUUAAAAAAAAAUAACAGAAUUUUUGAUACUGUAGAUUAUUUAUAAAACCACUACUUGUUUUGUUUUCCAACCAAAAAAAUGUGACUCUUGUUGUUAACGUUUUUUAUGCAGUAAAAGUAAAUAUUUUGAGACUAGUUAUUUUGGGGAUUGAGUAGAAUCUAUGUAUAAUAAAUGCAGUUCUAAAAAUAACUUUGAUAUAAGGACUUGGCUUCUAGCAAAGUAUUAGAAGGAGCCAUGGUAUUUUGUAAGUGUUUGAUUUAUGGAGAUACAAUCUAUAGUUAUUUAUACAUGGAUCUGUGGUGAGUGUUAUUACUUGCUUACCUAUCUAUAGCACAAGAAAAGCUGGUUAUGAUGGACUGAUAGAACUAAUCAUUCUACUGAAAUGCGAUAAAGUCCUCGUAGUGAAUUAUUUGAACUUGUACAGAUGUAUAUUGUAAGGUAAGCUGUGAUACCAGAAGUGAAUCAUGUAUCGUUUAUCACAGUUGACGUAAAGUUAAAAUAAAUCAAACUCUUAAAACAGCACCAAA